AUGAACAUGUUCCUCAUCAACAGCACCUGGAAGAGCUACCCAAAGGUAGAUGUUGGUCUAUGUCCCACCGUCUCCGCCCUGGCCCGCCACCUAAGGAUGCCAGCUGCUGCAGCAUAUGCUGUUGCAGCUGCUGAGAAGUUGGUUGGUAGUGCCAAGUACCAACAAGAUUCUGUGCCGUGGCAAGUCUCCCUCCAGUCAGUGCACCAUGUCUGCAGUGGGGCCCUCAUCAGCCAAGAAUGGGUGUUGUCCUCAGCUCAGUGCAGCAGGAGCAGCCCAGACCACAUGGAGGUCUGGCUUGGCCUACAAGUCCCUGAGACUCCUCCUAAGGAGAAGCAACAGGUCAUUGCUGCUGCCAAGCUGGUCCCUCAUAAGCAGUUCAACAAUUACACACUGGACUAUGACAUCAUGCUCAUCAAGCUUGCACAACCAGCUGUCCUGGGUGAGCUAGUGCAGCCCAUCAGUUUGCCCAGCCAAUGUGCCAUAGCUGGGACCCAGUGCCUGGCUUCAGAAUGGAUCAGCAGCAACUCUGAUGGAACAGACAACCUUCUGCAGUGCUCCUACCUUCCAGUCACAUCUGAUGCCACGUGCAACAAUGUCUACCCAGGACGGUUCACUGACAGGAUGCUUUGUGCUGGACAGCUGGACAGCAGCCAAGAUGCCUGCAAGGUGAGGCUCUUCUCUUUUUACUGGCAAGUCCAGUGAUUGGGGUGGGUGGGUGGGUGGGGAGCAAACAAGCAGAGGCAUACCUUGACUCCCUUGUGAUCUUGGCCAGAAGCUGUACCAGUACAUCUGAAGCUGGGAGAGACCAUGGACCAGAAACUCCAAAAGUUU